AAAAUCAAGUCACUUUGAACCGAAUGUUUAUGAUGACAUUAUGUUAAUUUAAUCGGAUUCAUGUUGCUCGUAAAAAAAAUUGGAAUCCAUAUUUUGGAGAGUGUCGACCUGGUAGCUUUAUUUCCUGACCUUUUUUUCAGCCAUGAAGAUGACGGCUGGGCAGAAGAAAUGACGGAUACAGAAGCAUAACAGUCGUCAACUCAGUACUGUUUUAGGGUUAGGGGAUCAUAAUGCAGCCAGUGCCAUUUGUACCAAAUAUGUGGCUAGUUGUUUUGCGCUGUAAAAGUGAAUGUUAGAAGUGGAUAAGUAGGAAGAAGUUGCUGUUGUAUAGUUGGGAACCAAAGUGUGUUCAUGUUUGUGCCGGUCAAAGUUGUGAUCCUCUUAACAAGGACCUUUUUUGUCUGCAGGAGAAACUGCUGAGAGGAUUUGAAAAGACUGCGGCAACUUUAGUCAUUCGAGGUUUUUGUUUAGGUUCGCGGUGUUAUAACCUCGCUGUAGCAAAAUUGGACUGAAGAGACCAAAUACAGCUGUUUAACUUCAAAAAGAAAAUGUCAUCAAGCACAGAAAACGAAGUACAGCUCUGUGGCAACUGCAAAAAGGAGAUCCCUACAGCAAACUUUACUAUCCAUGAGAUCCAUUGUUGGAGGAACAUUGCUCUGUGCCAAAUAUGUAGUGAGCCAUUUCCUAAAUCUGAAAUGAAAGAACAUUUGGAAACUGAGCACACUCAGGUAACAUGCAGGUGCAAUUUAAAGAUGGACAGAUCUGAGAUGGAAAACCACAAGAUAUCGGAGUGCCCACUGCGACUUGUAAAAUGCAAGUAUUGUGAGCUAGAACUUUGCUUUGACAAACUGUCAGAACAUGAUUCUUACUGUGGAGCUCGAACUGAACCAUGUAGUAUAUGUGGCAGCAAUGUUAUGGUGAAAGACUUGGAUAAACACCCAGAAGUUUGUGGGAAAACCUCAGAAAUUAACAAUAACAAAAUAAAAUCAAAUCCGUUACAUCAUCUGGAAAGGGAUGCUGGUGCUUGGUUUGAAGAGGAUCAUUUUGGGAGAAUUUUGAGCUCCAUGUCAUAUAGAAGGCCAGCACAUCAGGUGAUGCUACCUCAUAUGAGAACAUUCCGUACCACUUUAGAUGUGGCAGCACCACGGAGACGUAUUGUGAAACCAGCUGUACAUCAAAGAACUAUGGAUCAGAAUCAAGUGGAUGAGCAAGAACGAAUACAAAAAAACAGAGGCACUUUUGGCGAAGAGAAUUCAAAUCUUGACUACAUGCUUGCGCUCAGUUUGCAAAGUGAAACUAAUUCAGGUGACAGUAUUGAUGAAGAGGACUCUGCUGAACUGUUAAAAUAUAGCACUUCUAAUAGACUGGAACCAUUUGACAUUCAUGGAGUUUUAAGGGAAAAAGAAAAUACUUUUCCUGUCAAUGCUCUAAGAAAUGUUAAAACAGAAGAAAAGAAGUCUAAUGAUACCAUGCUGCCUUGUGAAUUUUGUGAAGAAUUAUUCCCUGAGGAAGACCUCCUUGUGCAUCAGACAGGCUGUAAUACUGUAAGUGCCUUUUCUUCAUUCACUAAGAAGAGCAGUAACCCCCAAGUGCAGCUUGACCAUGGUGGAGUUUUUCAAAGCUUUCCACAAUCACCUUCUGACCAAGAUGUCCUGGAUGAUGCAUUUGAGUCUACAUACUUUGGACCUUCUGAGCCAGCUGAAGAUAACAUUGUUAUUCCAUGUGAGUUCUGUGGAACUCUAUUAGAAGAAGAAGUUUUGUUUCAUCACCAGGAUAAAUGUGAUUUUAGACAUGCUACAACAAGAUCAAUAGAGCGACCAUCUGCAGGACAUUGUGCCCCAAAAUGGGAGAACACCGAGAGAAGGAAGCCAUCAGAAACAGGACAUAGAAAACACCAAGAAGAUUUUGAUGGUAGCUAUUUAGAUAGCGUAUCACCAUGCAAACCUAUCAGAACAGUGGCCCGUAUACCAGCUAAAUCAGUCAGUGUUUCCAGAACUGCACCCCAGAAAUUUUCACCAGAUGUAACUGGAGGGAGUUCCACUUUUAAGAAUCCUUCAAGAAAAGGAACAUUUACCACUCAAGUUGGUACUGAAACGCAAAAUAACAAGAACCCUUCAGAAUUCAAACAGAGUACUUAUACAUCCAAUGGAUCUAGUAGAACUUUAAUGGAAAAAAACGAUCCUAAUUUUUCCAGAGCAUCACCACAUAGAGGUAGACCAAGUUUAAAGACAGAAGUAAGCAGGAAUCCCAGGACUACAGCUGCCUCUAACUUGAGAAUGCAUCCCACAAAGGUGAACAGUAAGAAGCCACAUGUUGACGACUCUGAUAACACCGAUGAAUAAUCUGUUCAACACCUGGAUGCUUUUCUGCAUCGAGUCUUUACUAUGCAAAACACAAAGCUACUCUCACUGUAUACAUAUCAAAGAGAAGAGUCCUACUUGGUUGCCUCUUUAGAAGAUUUUAAUCUGUGACUUUUCACAUUUUGUAGAAGUUUGUAGCAUAUUCAAUUUUUCAGUAAGGAAUGUUAAAGCUUUUGCAUAGGAACAUAUUUUUAUAAUCUCUGACAUCAUUUAUGUUCAUUUGUGCUGGUUUGAUAUUGUCACCUUUUAAAAAUUGUAGAAUUAAAAAGAAAAACGUAGGUACACUGUCAGAAAUCAAAAUCUAAAAAAGGAAACCAGUGGCAAUCUUUUUAACUAGCGCCUGGGCUUCUCUGUAGUGGAUGGUAAUUCUGACUUGAAAGAUGCCUUUAGUUGCGUUUGACUGGCAUCAUGUUAUAAAACUUUGAGACAUGAUGUGAAAAGGUACUUUUCAUUGCAUUUGGAUGCUUCAUGGAAUUACACUGUUCCAUUACAUAGUACCUGUGUAGUAUUUGGUCGAUGUUUAUGACAGUGUCUCAGGACUGAUUCAUGUUAUUGAAAGGCCUUUCUUUAAGCUUUUGAAGAGAAAUGGCCAUUUUGCUUUAAACCACUUUAUUGCAGAUGGUGUUUAAAUAUUGCAUGACCAUUAUUGCUACAGAAAUAACCCUACCUGUUAGCCUUUUUUUCUAUAUUGAAAUGAUCUAUUCACAUGGUUUUGCUGGAACAACUUUUUUGAUCUUAUAUUUAUGAAAUGUAUGUCUUUGAAGUAAUGCAGUUUAGGCUAAGAAUAUAAUAAAUAAUUUAACGUA